GAGCCUUCUAUACCAAGCCCUUUUUGCGUGGUGGAGCACAUAGAUCGACCUGCCGAGUCGAUUGUUUACUCAGAAUUAACGGAUUCAUCUAGCAAGCGUUUGAAAAUCCAAAGGUUUGAUCGAGAAUUCGUCUUUGUAUAAGAAUGCUUUUGAAGGUGUUUAUCGUUUGCCUGCUGAUCUCGAUGUCGCAAUCCUUUUUUUAUCGACGCGGCAGUCAACGCCAUCGUGGUUCUUCAAUGUAUCCGCGUUACAAAACAGUCACUAUGGAUCCUGAGCCGGAGAGAUUGAAAUAUGACGAACAAGAGAUGACCGAGUAUAUUAUGCAACAAAGAAACGUGUUUCUUCAAUUGGGGAAAAGUAUGAACGCUCAGGCAGCGCCCAUUUGCAGGUGGAACUAUGCAACCCUCACAGACCCUCAGAAGAGGGCUUGCAGUUGUUUUGCUAUUUUUGGCUUCCUAAACGAUGGUAACACAAUUGGUUAUGGAGCACAAGAUGCACUCUCAAAGGGCAUUACAAUAUUCACGACCGUUUGGGGUAUAUUUAGCCAACCGGGUGGACCGAACGCCGCUUGUAACACGCGAGAUCCAAACAGUCCUCGACAGAUGCAAGAUAUAUGUCUCUGUUUGACUGGACAAGCACUGGUCUAGUUAUUUAUUGCUGAUCAUGGGAUAUGGUUUAUUAUACAAAUGCAAUUGAAAUGUUUUACAAUUGAGAUAUAAAUGCAAGAAAACGGCGAUGUUGAAAAAUAUUAAUAAACAAAAAUAAUCUUAUAAAGUAUUAUCAUCUUUCGAGAUGUAUGCAUAUGUUCAAAUAUUUUAUGGUAAAUAUAUCACUAACAUUAGUAA